AUGUACGCGUCCGGCCGGGUGCGCCUCUCCAUGCUGCAGGAGCCCGGCGGCGGCGGGGGAUCAGGCGUCAUCGGCAACGGCGGCGGGCGCGGCCACGAGGGGAGCUUCGUGCUGUGGCAGCUCGCGCCCAGCAUGUGGCUCGUCGAGAUGUCCGUGGCCGGGCAGAGCGUCGCCGCGGGCAGCGACGGCUGCGUCGCCUGGCGCCGCACGCCCUGGCUCGGCGCCGAGGCCGCGCGCGGCGGCUCCCGCCCGCUCCGACGCGCGCUCCAGCUGUGCAGCCUGGACAAGCAGCGGAGCCUGGCGGUGAACAAGACCGGAGCCUACGUCAGCGUUCUGGAGGGCGUGGUGGUGACAACCGCCGUCGAGAACAAGCAUUUCUUCAGGAAGGGAAUCCUUGGGGACUGGAGGAACCACAUGACACCGGAGAUGGCAGCAAGGCUGGAUGGCAUCGUCGAGGAGGCACUCAAGGGAUCAGGAUUUAAUUUUGGGUGCACCAAUACAAGUAAUUAG